AUGUUAUUGUAUCGAAGCUUAGCAUUGCGACGUACAUUCCAACCAAUUUUGCUGGCAAGGUUUAGUUUAUACAGCACUUCGAAUAAACCGAACGAGAAGCUCAAAACAAAAGAUGUAAAAGUUGAUCCAGAAAGAAAGCCAUUGGAACCUUACAUUUCACUGUUACAAGCAAGGUGGUAUGAAUCAAGUACACGAAUUAAGGAUCUCUCUAGCAGUUUCAAGAAGCACGCUGAUAAGGCGAAGUUGGCCAUCCAAGAAGCAAACCGGAAGUUGGCUGCCGCAGAACAAGCAGAGAAGGACAACCGACUUGGUUUCGAUACAGAUAUGGAAACCAAGAGUAGGAUAGAAGGUCUUCCUUCCGAACGGGAACGAUCAAGAACCCAAUGGGCAAAAAGACUGGAACUUUACUUUGACUCGCUACAAGAAACCAUAUUCACCGCUACCAGGGCGUUAAAUGACGUUACAGGCUACUCGAGCAUCCAAAAACUACGUAAAAGCAUCGAGCACAUGGAAAAACAGCUGGGCGACACUAAGGAUGAGGUGAAGAGGGCGAAAGUUGCUUAUAAUGCUGCUAUCGAUGUUCGUGCUCAAUCCCAAGGCGAGGUCAACGAGCUUUUGCAACGGAAAAACUCGUGGACACCUCGGGAUCUGGAACGGUUCACGCUUUUGUACAAAGACGACAGUGUUAAUCUUAAGCGCGAAACAGACGCGAAGACUCAUUUGGAGAAUGUAGAGAACUUGGAAGAAGAAAUAUCUGAAAACUUGUAUCGAGCGAUUCUGACGCGGUACCACGAAGAGCAGAUCUGGUCUGACAAAAUUCGUCGCACUUCCACUUGGGGAACUUUCAUUCUGAUGGGGAUGAAUAUUCUACUUUUUCUAGUCUUCCAGCUUCUUCUUGAGCCUUGGAAAAGACGCAGACUAGUGGGUAGUUUUGAAGACAAAGUGAGACUAGCCCUUGAAAAACAGGCUGAUCUUCAAAGCAGGCAAUUAUCAGAAAUGUCAGAUCAUAUUUCUACCAGUUUUGAUAAAGCACCUCACCAAAACGAAAUGGCCGGGCCAAACACCGAAGAAAAGCUGUCUGCAUUAGCAUCAAAAGACGUUCAAUGGCCUCUAACGGCUCCCCCGGCAAAUGCAAGCUUCUUGUCAAAGCUCUCCUACGCAUUUUCGUUAUAUCUACAAACCCUGUCAUCGUGGUCCAAAAAAUUUGCCAGAAAGCUAUACACACUUCCAAAAAAGGACCUCAAUUCAAAGAUUACAAUGACUAGCGCAGAAGUCUAUGCUUUGAGCGCACUGUUCAGCUUUGCUGGUUUCGCUGUUUCCAUGCUACUGUGA